AUUCAUAUGUGAAUUUUUAUAAUAUUUAUUUAACCUAAAAUAUUGUUAACGUAAAUAUAUUUUAAUUUUUCAGUUAAAAUUAUUGAAAAUGAUAGUCAAAACGCCAAUAAUGUUCGCUAAACGCAGAAAACUUAUGAGAAAUUUUCUAAAAGUCGGUUUCAAAGACUCCUUGAACAUAUUUGUUUCAGGAGGCUGUGGAGGAAAUGGACUUCCUAAAUUUGGAGGGAUCGGAGGAUUUGGGGGUAAUGUCUCUGUAAUAGCAAAGGAAGGUAUAAGCUUAGACCAAGUAUACAAGCAAAACAAAUCUCUAAGAUUCAUUGCUGGUAAUGGAGGAAAUAGUUCAGCCAAUUGUUUAAGAGGAGCACAGGGCGAAGAUAUCAAAUUGGAAGUUCCAGUAGGAGUAUCUUUAGUUACAGAAUUAGGAAAAAAAUUAGGAGAGUUGGAUAAAGAGAAUGAAGAAUUAAUAAUAGCAAAAGGAGGUACUCCAGGUCAUUCUAAAAAUGGAUAUUUAGGAACAGAAGGCCAAGCAUAUCCAGUAAAACUUGAUUUGAAAUUAAUAGCUGAUAUAGGUCUUGUUGGUUUUCCUAAUGCUGGUAAAAGCAGUUUAUUAAGUGCUAUAUCACAUGCCAAACCAAAAGUAGCCAACUAUCCUUUCACGACAGUAAGACCUCAUCUGGGAAUGAUUCACUAUCCAGAUCACCGUCAAAUUUCCAUGGCUGAUUUACCAGGUCUUAUUGAAGGAGCUCACACAAAUCGGGGCAUGGGUCACAAGUUCCUCAAACACGUUGAAAGGACAAAACUUUUAUUAUUAGUAGUAGAUAUACAUGGAUUCCAGUUAGGCCCUCAAUAUCCCUUUAGGACUUGUUUAGACACAGUGCUUCUAUUGAACAAGGAGUUGGAGUUGUACAAACCAGAACUCAUUGAUAAACCAUCUUUAAUAAUCAUAAAUAAAAUGGAUGUAGAAGGAGCUGAAGAAAAGUAUAACCAAAUAAAGGAAGAUUUGAAAAAUUUAUCUAGAAUAGACUGUGAGGAAGAUAUCAGAUCUGAAAAGUUCUUGAAAUUCAGAGAUAUUCUUCCUGUAUCGGUGAAAAACAGGGCAGAGGAUAUUGCUCUUAUAAAAGAAAAAUUACGUAAACAAUUAGAUGUCAUAGCAGAUGAAGAAGCAAAUGAUGAAAGUAGUUUAGAUUUGUAUCAAGACAUGAGAGAAAAAAAUAAAGAAAGAGGACCCAAAUUAGUAUAGAGAAAAAAAAUGUGUUUUUUAUCUACAAUUAUAUUGUUGAUAAAUUCA